CUGACUCUCUACAGUAUAAUACUCGUCCACGGCCUUCGCGGACAUCCUCGAGAAACCUGGGAAGCCACACCAGCGGCCAGUGCCGAGGACACCGCCAAGAAACCCAAAGGCUUCAUGUCCUUGUUUAAGCAUCGAGUGGUCAAUCCUCCCUCGACAAGCACGGGACAAGCACAUGUCUCCUUACCACCGCCAUCUAAUGUCUUCUGGUCAGAAGAGUGCCUCGCGUCGGAUAUACCUCAGGCUAGAGUGUGGACGUAUGGGUACAACACAGAUGUUAUAGGCGGCCUUUUCCAGGCGAACAAUAAGAACACCAUUUCCCAGCAUGGGCGAGAUUCUCUUGGUGGCAUUAUUAUUAAAGAUGCCAUUAAUCGAUCAGACAAAAUCCGAGAAUGGACAAAGCUCAUCAUUUUCCUCGGGACCCCACACCAGGGCAGCGCAAUUGCUGGCUGGGGUCAGGUCGCCUCUAAUCUUGCUCGCGUCACCCUCCAGGACUCGAACAAGAAGUUGCUAGAGACGUUAGAAGUAAAUAGUGAAGUUCUCGAUAAUAUCCAUGAGCAGUUCAAGGCAAUUGUGUUUAAGAGCGGAAUCAAGGUUCAUUCAUUCCAGGAAGCACGAGGCAUGAUAAGACUAGGCGAGAAGGUAUGCUUUUUAUUAAUGCUGGAUACUAUAUGCCGCAAUCUACUUAUUUAA